AUGUCCCAGACCACCCCCUUACUACCACCAUGUGAAUCACCGCCAGAGACCCCGCAACCCCUCGCGACCUCCCUCGUUCACCGAUGUCAAACUCUCCUCUCCGAACUUGACGCAUUCAAGACCCUCCUCGUACAAACGCAACGCAACCCACAAAUCGUUGAGGUGCGCUCUCUACGGUCGAAUGUACUCUCGGAGCUGAAAACCCUCGACGGUCUAGUCGAGCGGGUGCUUGCCGUCGGGGAUGAUCCGGAUGACGAGACGCAGCGGGCACUGAUACAUGCGCUGCGGUCCUCGAAUCUACCCUUUUACGAAACGGUGUGGAUGAUUGCGAAGAGGACGUGUUCGGGACUGGUCACGUUUGGAAAGCGGUUUUACUGGGGGGGAGAAGGAGGGAUGGAAGAUGGAGAUGGGGAUGGGGCGAAGAAACGGCCGAGUAAGGAUAAACGGAAGAGUGUCUAUGUGGAUAUUGUGGCAGAUGAUGGAGAGGAAUGGGUGAAGGUGUCGACGGUGUCGGAGACGAGGCUGUUGUUUGAGAUGGCUAAGAAGGGUUGGGAGGCUGAUUCAGAGGCAGGAUCGGUAGAGGAAGGUCGCACCAUCUUGCAGAACUUCAAUGGUCGUCAGGGCGGGGACGAGGAAGGGUAUGGAGAAGAAGAUGAGGAUGAUGAGAUUGAACUGGUGAAAUUGGCAAGUGAGAUGAGGAAGGCUGCCAAUAGUACUAGGAUCAAUUACAGACAUCCUCGUCUACGCAUUGUGAUCCCGAAGAUCGAGGAAGGGGAAAGUCCUGAAAUUGACGAUCUGUUAAAGGUAAUUCGAAGCUAUGGGAUCGUAGUGGAUUGUGGGGAGAAUGCACUUGGCUGCAAUUCAGAUAAGGAAGAACAUCCCAAGCCCAUGACUUCUCUUCAAGAAGAACUGCGUCAGCUUCUGCCCACCCCAUUCAAACGAUUCACCUCCGCCCUGAACGUGGACUGUACGCUGUUGCUUGCACUCGUGUCGGAUCUGUCUCAUUUCAAAAACAUACCUCCUUCUCCGUCGUAUCAUAGAGCUAUCCUUCGCCAACUCGAGGUGGAAAGUGAGCGUCCUCUGUUAUCCACGGAGCUCUGGCCAGCCAUGAAUGCACACGAGCUGGUUUGCACGGAUGAGGCAGCAAAACGAAUGCGUGAAAUUGUGGAUGUAAUUGGUACCGAUACUGAGAAGAAAAGGGCGGAGAUCAUCAUGGGGGACCCUCCACACAGCCAACGCGAUCCCAAUUCCCUCAUUCAAGACCUCCAGGAACUAUCUGACUAUGAAAUUCCGCCACACUGGAAGCUUCCCAUAAAGACAGUGCAUGCGACGUCUGUAAUUGACUCGGCAAGACAAAAUGGCCAGCUGCCUCCAGUAUCCCACCAAGUUACGGGGAUAUUGUCCGAUAUCAAUUACAGUGUUUUCAUGUAUGGAUGGGCCGCCGGUAUGACGACGAUAUCCAGCAAUCGCACUGUUGUCAAGCAGAUUGAGACCACGGUGGAAAAUCACAGAAACGGUAAUGAGAAUCUUGAGGGACCAUCGAUAUGGGUUUGUGACACGGCUAGGAGUUUAGUGGGUAAAGGAAAAGAUCGAAAAAACUAG